AUGGAAAAACGAUGGAAGGGCUUGUCCUUUCCUCCCUUUGUAGGAGUAGGCCCUAUGGCCAGCCUCCAAUCAAGGGCGACAUGCAGAUGGCAGCCCCCUGGUGAAGGGUGGAUGAAGCUAAACUUUGAUGGGGCUGCCCGGGGCAACCCAGGGCAAGCCGGGAUUGGAUGCGUUGUUCAUAACUGGGAAGGCAAAGAAAUAGCAGCCCUUGCCUCUCCAGUUGGCAUCAACACAAACAACUGGGCAGAACUGAUGGCCCUGGUGGAAGGCUUGCUCUUAUGCAGGAAACUUGAAGUUAAAUUCUUAGAUAUUGAGGGAGAUUCGGCUAUAAUUGUCAAUGCUCUAAGGAAAGGGAGCAUGCCUAAUUGGAAACUUAAUACCUUGUUGUCAAAGGCUAUAGACUUAUGCAAAGGUUUUCAUAGGUUUACAAUUAAUCAUAUCUAUAGGGAAGGCAAUAAAAGGGUGGAUGAGCUAGCCAACUUGGGAGCUAAUGGCAUCAAGCUCCUUUCUAUGCCAACCUAA